UCUGGAGCUCGCAAGUAGAUCCAUUACGAUUGGCGAAAGAACCAAAUGAGGGAGUCUCGCUAGGAAGAAUGCGUUCCUGCGAGUCGUUACACGUCUUGCCCCUGGACAGCGCAGAAAGAUCAAGGGCAUGCCGACAAGCGCAACGGCUCGGCACCCCUGCAGCCUAUCGGGAGUCCGACUUGCCGCGACAACAAAACAUCCGACAAUCGGAGCAGGUGGAUCGAGGAUCGCGCUGCCGCGGGAUUUUCCUAAUACGGCAACACCCCGCUUUGCUCUACGUCGCUCAUAGGCGCCGAUCUGCAGCCUGCGGACAGUCGAAUUCGCAGUGAGUUUGAGUGCUGCGCUGACGCGUGUAAGCCUCUCAAGCAAGAGCAAGCACACUUGGUGGUCGGGAGAAGCUCCAAAAGGUGAUUUGCGAGGGUAAUAGUGGGAGCCGGUCGCGUGGACAGUCUCAGUCCCAGUCGUUGAGGCGCAC